CAGUAAGACACUAGUAGGUAGUGCCCGACCUGUGCGUAGAACUACAUCUCCCAGAUUGUGUUUACUUUCUGCUACCAUUUAUAGCAACACUCUUGAAUCGCACUGCCUGUUGAACAACACGGUCUGGACUGCGGCAGAACGAGGUUCAGGUGACUCUGUCCCCCAUAAAUCUCGGGAUGAAUGACGGAACGGAGGAAGAGACGGUUCCCGUUGUAAUGGAGACCUCGUCAUACUCGCAGGUGGUUUUCAACGAUGUUCCUCCAUCAUAUACGCCAAACACCCCAGUUUCGUGCCGGUACACUCUCACCGGUGCUCUGCAGCCCAACCCGAGGGACUGGGUCGGUAUCUUCAAGGUUGGAUGGAGUUCGACACAGCAGUAUUUUAACUAUGUAUGGGUGGAACCUUACCUGGACAAUGCUGGACCUGAACCGCUUGUGCAACAAGUGGUUUUCAAAGAGAGCUACCUGCCCAAGGAUGAUGGGGAGUUUUACCAGUUCUGCUAUGUGGACAGCAAUGGUUAUGUUAAAGGAGCCAGCACCCCAUUCUGCUUUCAAAACCCAGCAGAAACAAGCCUUGACUGCAGCUUGGAGAAGGACCUGUUAGUUAUAACAACACAGGAGCAGGCAGAAAAGAUGGAGAAAGAGAUAGAGGACUAUGUCAAAGAGAUUGAGCACUUAAAAGAAACAAAUAAGAUCCUGAAAACUGAGUUGGAUGAAAGACUGCACGAGAUCCGCCGUCUCAGGAGCUCUCUAGAUGAUGUGAAGCCAAAGGAUAAACCGGAAACACCACUGCCAGAUGUACAGAGUUUUAACUUCACUGAAGAGUCACUGAACAAUCUUCUUGAAAAAUAUGAGAGAGCUGUUCAAAAGAUCAACUUGCUUAAAAGAGAAAAGACUGAGUUACAGGAACAGGUUGAACAACAUGAUGCAGAAAUCCUCAGGCUGAGUACCUUACUGAAAGAGACUGAACAAAAUUACAACAAAGUACAGGACCAGGCCAAGUUGCUACAGGUGGAUGUGCAAAGCAGCAGGAAAGACAAUGAGAAAUUGCAGAUUGAAAUCCAGGAGCUCAGGAUGAAAAAGACUAUGGAGGACCGGAGUGCUGAAAACAAAGCAUUUCAAACAUCCAUGUCAGAGCAAGGAGCACAAGAGAAAGAGCAAAAGAAAGUACAGAUUCAGGCUCUGCUAACUCAGCUGACAGAAGCCAGAGGGCUGCUUCGCAGCGAGGUGCAGAAUUGUAAAGAAGCCUACAAGCGUGCAGAAGGAGCUGAGCAGGAAUUGAAGGAAGUGAAAAAGAAGCUGGAGGAGAUGACCUUAAAACAGGCUGAGGGCGAGAAAACCAAUCAAAUCCGGAAACAACUUCAGCAGGCACAAGACAAAAUUUACGAAAUGGCAGAGACAUCAAGAUUAGACAGAGAGACGCUUGAGAAAAGGAAUGAGGAACUGCAGGCAGAAGUAAAUAAACUUCGUAGGGCAUUGUUUGACUACCAGGUCGCAUCUGUUGCAGCAAUGUCUGAUCAACUACCCAACCCUCAAAGCCCACCCGCCUCCCAGGAGCAAACAUACCCACCUGACUCUCAUUUUUAUGAGAGCAUUGAUGAUUUGACAGCAAAUCCUGCAGAAGCAGAGAUUAGGGUGUGUCGGCACUGUCAGGAGAAAUUUCCUGGCAUCAGCGAGGAUGAAUUGGAACAACACGAGCAGUCUCACAAAGUUUGUCCUUUCUGCACUCUGGUCUUUGACGACUGGGAACAGCAGGCAUUUGAAGAUCAUGUUUACAGUCAUGAGGAUUAGUCAGUUCUGAUUUCUAAAUAUGAUAUAAUGUAUUUAAGAAAGUAGGGAUGCACCGAUACCGAUACCAAGCUCAUGUACUUGUACUCGUAAAAAUACCCCCGAUACCAAAGACCGAUACCUCGCGUGACUUAACUGACAGAAUUUUCCGUGCACAGAGACACUGACGGCAAAAUGUCAGCAUCAGAAGUGUGGAAAAAAUACUUCAAAAUUAAUGAUGACAACCCACACAUUGUGAACUGCAUGCUUUCAAUCACAAUUCGUUAUCUAUUAGUGAAGGCGGGAUAGGCGGAAUCGCGCUGAAUGACACAGACCAGAAGCGCUCCCUCUCGCGCGCUCUCUCUCUCUUGCGCACGAUCAUUUCUCCUCGCGCCUGAAUGGUCAAAUGCAAAUUCGGUCUUAAAGGGACCGUAGCCUAUAAAUGUAUACAUGGUAAAUAAACCUACUGUAUCUGAAAAACAAGUUUAUUUAAUUUGUAUCUCUAUAGUAUUUGUUGUAUUGUUUGUAAUUUGUUUGAAAUUUUUUUGUCUGAAAAUUAUGCCCUUUGAAGGUUAUUGGACACUGUGAAAUUUUUGUUCUUUAAGUUUGUGACAAGCACAUAAAAAUUAUUACUUUUUUCAUUAGAGUAAUAAUAAAGAGCUGUCCUACAUUCAUUAGUCUCACUGUGUUGUGCUUGGAAAACUGCAACAUCACCAAAAAAAAAAGAGAGAGAGAGAAAUUAAUAAAUGUAUAGGUAUCGGUAUCGGCGAGUACUAGAAAAAAGUAUCGGUACUCGUACUCAGUCCUUAAAACAUGGUAUCGGUGCAUCCCUAUAAGAAAGUAUGGUGUCGUUUUUAAAGUACUGAAUGGUCCAGAUUUUUCUAGAUAUGCAUCACUUCUCUUUUAUUAUUAGCUAUUAUCUAUCUGAAAGGGAAAUAAUUUUUUUUUUUAUUAUUUAAUGAUUGCAAUAUUAUUGAAGAAAUUGCAACAAAAUAAAUUUAUAAAUAGAAGAUAUAAUACUGAUAUAAGAUAAAAUGAUUGCCAUUUUCUUUUAUGUACCAAAACUUUUUUCCAAUGGUUAAUCAGGUUUUAAAAUAAUAAACAUAUAAAACAUA